AUGAUCACGCUCAAGGUGAAGAGCCUAUACUUCGUUUUGUUGGGGACUCUUGUGAAUGGCCUGGUCGAGUACGUGAUACGUGUCUCCUUAAGCAGACGGGAUGCAGCUGCGUACCGCGGCCUCUUCGGACGCGUCGUCGACGAUCCUUGCAGACAGCUUGCCGACGACCGGAGCAAGAACAUCCGUGCUCACACGUUUGCGUUCGAGACCACGUGCCAGCAGAUCUUCACCGUCAACGGCUGCCUCUUCCUCCUGCUCCUGGACGUCUCCACGAACGGCCGCACGCGGCCCUCGCUCGGCCCGCUGCUGUCCAACGCCAUGGUGCAGAUCGGCGUGGAGAAGCUUGUCGACUUCUCCAUCCUGCUGACUCUGAAGAAGGUGUACGGCUACGACAUCAUGGCGAGGGUCGAGGGCCGCUCGUGGAAGUGGUCGCUGCUGAUCUCCCCGUUCAUGCUGCUCUUCUCGGCGAUGCAGAUGAUGGACCAGCCGGGCCUCUACUGCCGGGCCGGCGCGCCCUCCCCGCACGCGGCCACCUGGGAGCCCUGCCCGUCCCAGUGA